AUGGACUUGAGGAAGGUGGAGGAGAGUGGUGGUGGGAUUGGGUUGGUGGAGAACAAGGGAGUCGUCACCUCAAGCUUGGGAGGAGAUCGCGGCAAGGGCGAAGUUGAUUCGAGUCGCGCGCUCCAGUCUUUUCUGGAUAAUAUUCCCAUCGAUACAAUCCCUGGCAUCCGUAACUCGUCUCCUGUUCUGGAGAUAAAAUCUGAUGACUGUGUACAAGAUGUGAUCCGUUUGUUGUAUGACAAAAAUGUAUCUGGUGCACCAAUUGUGGGCAAUGUGAAUUCUGAUUUCAAGGAAUUUGUUGAUCGGGAUGUAGGCUUCAUUGAAUUUUCAAGCAUGGUCUUGUGGUGCCUCGAGGAAUUUGAAAAAGUGAAGCUUGAAUCCAAAAGCAACUUCCUAGGGUUUCUCUCCAUGUUAGAACAAACAUCUCAAAUUGGAGGAACCAAGAUUGGGGAGCUAGCAAAGUCAUUCUUAUGGGAACCCUUCUUCCCUGUUCAAGUAGCUGACUCACUUUUUCAUGUGCUGAUGCUCUUCUCGAAACACCACAGAUUGAAAGUAGUACCAGUUGUUGAGUCAUCCAAUUCUCGUGUCAUUGGUUUCAUUACUCAGAGUGCAGUGGUUCAGCUGCUUCUCCAGUCUUGUGGACUGGAAUGGUUUGACCAAAUUGCGGAGAGGGCCCUUAGCGAAUUUGGGUAAGUCAGAAGAAGUGACGCAAAACUUUUAU